AUGGAUCAAUCAGACAUUGUUGAAUUACCAGCUAUACCAUCUGAUGCACCUGAAUGGGUACGUGUUUUACCAUCAAAUGGUCGUUUUGUUGAUCGUACUAAACUGUAUGAUAUAACGGGUCAUAUUUUAUUUGAUUCAUUACUUAAUUCAAAUGGUAUUCGACAUUUUUUCUUUUUUAUGGCUAAUGAACAACAAGCACAACGAGCACAAAAAGCAUUUAAUAGUGAUUUAACUAGUCCAUUUUCAUCUAUUCAUGAUGAUUCGAUAACUAAUGAUAAAUUAGAAGUUCAAGUUGCAUUUCAUCUCGGUGAAGGUAUUUGUGGACAUAAAGGCAUUGUACAUGGAGGACUUACAGCUACUAUGCUUGAUGAAGUUAGUGGUGCUGCUGCAUUUUCCUGUGUUGGUCCUUGUUUUACGGCUAAUCUUAAUAUAGAUUAUCUUAAACCAUUGAUGACACCAGCAUGGGUUUUAGUUCGCGCUCAUGUUGAAAAUCAUAAAGGACGAAAAGUAUAUGUACAUGGUACUGUGGAGAAUGGAGAAGGUAUUGUUUAUGCUAAAGCUAUUGGUUUAUUUAUUAAACCUAAAUUAAGUGUACAAGAACAUGUUCAAAAGCAUCAAGAAAAAGAAUAA